AUGUCUAUCUUGAACCCUACCUUCUCUUUUCUUUCUUUUUCUUACUCUAUAUUCCUUCCCUCUCCUUUCCUCCUUUUUUACUCUAUAUUCCCUCUCUUUCUCUCUUUUCCUUCUUUUUGUUACUCUAUAUUCCCUCUCUCUCCUUUCCUCCUUUUUUACACUAUAUUCCCUCUCUUUCUCUCUUUUCCUCCUUUUUCUUACUCUAUAUUCCCUCUCUCUCCUUUCCUCCUUUUUUUUACUCUAUAUCCCUCCCUCUCAUUUCCUCCUUUUUUUACUCUAUAUUCACUCUCUUUCCCUCUUUUCCUCCUUUUUCUUCUCUAUAUUCCCUCUCUCCUUUCCUCCUUUUUUACUCUAUAUCCCCUCUCUCUCCUUUCCUCCUUUUUCUUACACUAUAUUCCCUCUCUCUCCUUUCCUCCAUUUUUACUCUAUAUUCCCUCUCUUUCUCUCUUUUCCUCCUUUUUCUUACUCUAUAUUCCCUCUCUCUCCUUUCCUCCUUUUUUUGCUCUAUAUUCUCUUUCUCUCUUUUCCUCCUUUUUCUUACUCUAUAUUCCCUCCCUCAUCUUUCCUCCUUUUUGUGACUCUAUAUUCCCUCUCUCUCCUUUUCCUCCUUUUUCUUACUCUAUAUUCUCUCCCUCUUCUUUCCUCCUUUUUGUAACUCUAUAUUCCCUCUCUCUGCUUUUCCUCCUUUUUUACUCUAUAUUCCCUCUCUUUCUCUCUUUUCCUCCUUUUUCUUCUCUAUAUUCCCUCUCUCUCCUUUCCUCCUUUUUUACUCUAUAUUCCCUCUCUUUCUCUUUUCCUCCUUUUUCUUCUCUAUAUUCCCUCUCUCUCCUUUCCUCCUUUUUUUACUCUAUAUUCCUCUCUUUUCUCUUUUUCCUCCUUUUUCCUUACUCUAUAUUCCCUCUCUCUCCUUUCCUCCUUUUUUUGCUCUAUAUUCUCUUUCUCUCUUUUCCUCCUUUUUCUUACUCUAUAUUCCCUCUCUCUCCUUUCCUCCUUUUUUUGCUCUAUAUUCUCUUUCUCUCUUUUCCUCCUUUUUCUUACUCUAUAUUCCCUCUCUCUCCUUUCCUCCUUUUUUACUCUAUAUUCCCUCUCUUUCUCUCUUUUCCUUCUUUUUGUUACUCUAUAUUCCCUCUCUUUCACUCUUUUCCUCUUUUUUCUUACUCUAUAUUCCCUCUCUCGCCUUUCCUCCUUUUUCUUACUCUAUAUCCCCUCUCUCUCAUUUCAUCCUUUUUUCUCUAUAUUCUUUCUCUCUUUUCCUCCUUUUUUCUAUAUUCCCUCUCUUUUUCCUCCUUUUUCUUACUCUAUUCCUCCCUCUUCUUUCCUCCUUUUUUUGCUCUAUAUUCUCUUUCUCUCUUUUCCUCCUUUUUCUUACUCUAUAUUCCCUCUCUUUCUCUUUUCCUCCUUUUUCUGACUCUAUAUUCCCUCUCUCUCCUUUCCUCCUUUUUUUGCUCUAUAUUCUCUUUCUCUCUUUUCCUCCUUUUUCUUACUCUAUAUUCCCUCUCUUUCUCUUUUCCUCCUUUUUCUUACUCUAUAUUCCCUCUCUCUCCUUUCCUCCAUUUUCUUACUCUAUAUCCCUCUCUCUCAUUUCCUCCUUUUUUACUCUAUAUUCCCUCUCUCUCUUUUCCUCCUUUUUUACUCUAUAUUCCCUCUCUUUCUCUCUUUUCCUCCUUUUUCUUACUCUAUAUUCCCUCCCUCUUCUUUCCUCUUUUUUUUGCUCUAUAUUCUCUUUCUCUCUUUUCCUCCUUUUUCUUACUCUAUAUUCCCUCUUUCUCUUUUCCUCCUUUUUCUUACUCUAUAUUCCCUCUCUCUCCUUUCCUCCUUUUUUACUCUAUAUUCCCUUUUCUCUUUUCCUCCUUUUUCUUCUCUAUAUUCUCUCUCUCUCCUUUCCUCCUUUUUUACUCUAUAUUCCCUCUCUUUCUCACUUUUCCUCCUUUUUCUUCUCUAUAUUCCCUCUCUCUCCUUUCCUCCUUUUUUUACUCUAUAUUCCCUCUUUUUCUUUUUUCCUUUUUCUUCUCUCUAUAUUCUCUCUCUCCUUUCCUCCUUUUUUAA